AGGGCUCCCCAGCUCCGAUCUGACGGUCGCGGCGGCGGCGGCGGCCACAGCGGCAGCGGGAGCGGGAGCGGCGCGGGGAAGGAGCUCCGGCUCGCAGCCCUCCGGCCCUCGCCCCCACCCAGCGCCAGCCAGACGGGGGAGGCAGAGCGCCAGAGGGUGGCGGUCCUCGGCCUCCCGGGUCUCCGCUCCGGGAAGCUGCUCCGAGCCGGGGUGUUGUUGCUAAUGAGCUCCCUCUUCCCUUCUUACAAUGAAAGACAAGCCAGACCCCGGGUACCUGGAUGGAUUGGGAGCUGAAGUCUCAGAAACUUCCUAAUAAGUUGCCACUGGCUACCAGCCAGGGUCAGCUGCCCCCCCCCCAUUAGUGCCUGUUCCCCACCAAAGCGGAGCCAAAUAAGCUUCUCCCCCGUUAACACCUCAGUAGCUUUGUUAUGUUUCAGUCCAGCUGCACAAUUGUUGUCACGUUCAGCCCACAUGAAAAGAAAUCUCUUUUAUUGGUCUGAGAUGCCAAGUCCAGUCCCGUAGAGGGAACAUGUUCACGGCUAACUGGUAAACCUCCUGAUCUUAUUUUAUCUUUACAACGCAGGCCGGAGGGCUGUUUUGCAGUUGUGUUGAGCACAUCACACAUUAAGGGCCCUUUAAAGACCUGGAUUGAUUGGAAGGACAAAAAUUAAAAGCAAUCUGAUCCGGCCUCGUGCCAGAUCCCUGAGGAUUUUCUCCCUCUCCCGUUUCUAGCCACUGUCACAAUUUGAGAGUCUGCCUGAUUUGAUCAGAUUCACCUCUGGGAGAGGUGUGAUGCCAAGGUUAGGAGGACACAAAGUUGUGGGCAACUUCUUGAUCUGCCCAUCAGCAGUCUGAGAAACGCUGGCUCUGAGUUUUCCAUAUCGGCUUUUUGGAAAAAACAAGUCCCUCGCUGUUUGCAACCUGGCAGUCCCUGGGACAUCCGGCCUCCGUCGCCUGGUAGAUGUGACAUUUCCAUGCUGAGGCUGCCUGACCCAGUCGCCGCCUCUCCAGGCCCCUUCCGGGCCGCACCCCUGCGGACUGCGCCGCCAUGCUGCACCUGCUGGCUCUUUUCCUGCACUGCCUCCCACUGGCCUCUGGGGACUACGACAUCUGCAAAUCUUGGGUGACCACGGAUGAAGGCCCCACUUGGGAGUUCUAUGCCUGCCAGCCCAAGGUGAUGCGCCUCAAGGACUACGUCAAGGUGAAGGUGGAGCCCUCGGGCAUCACGUGCGGAGACCCCCCUGAGAGAUUCUGCUCCCAUGAGAACCCCUACCUGUGCAGCAACGAGUGUGACGCCUCCAACCCGGACUUGGCCCACCCGCCCCGGCUCAUGUUCGACCGGGAGGACGAGGGCCUGGCCACCUACUGGCAGAGCGUCACGUGGAGCCGCUACCCCAGCCCCCUGGAGGCCAACAUCACCCUCUCGUGGAACAAGAGCGUGGAGCUGACGGACGACGUGGUGGUGACCUUCGAGUACGGCAGGCCCACCGUCAUGGUCCUGGAGAAGUCGCUGGACAACGGGCGCACGUGGCAGCCCUACCAGUUCUACGCGGAGGACUGCAUGGAGGCCUUCGGCAUGCCAGCCCGCCGGGCCCGCGACCUGUCAGCGUCGGGCGCCCACCGGGUGCUCUGCACCGAGGAGUACUCGCGCUGGGCCGGCUCCAAGAAGGAGAAGCACGUGCGCUUCGAGGUGCGCGACCGCUUCGCCAUCUUCGCCGGCCCCGAGCUGCGCAACAUGGACAACCUGUACACGCGGCUGGAGAGCGCCAAGGGCCUCAAGGACUUCUUCACCCUCACCGACCUGCGCAUGCGCCUGCUGCGCCCGGCGCUGGGGGGCACCUACGUGCAGCGGGAGAACCUCUACAAGUACUUCUACGCCAUCUCCAACAUCGAGGUCACGGGCAGGUGCAAGUGCAACCUGCACGCCAACCUGUGCUCUGUGCGCGAGGGCAGCCUGCAGUGCGAGUGUGACCACAACACCACCGGCCCCGACUGCGGCAAGUGCAAGAGGAGCUUCCGCACGCGGUCCUGGCGGGCUGGCUCCUACCUGCCGCUGCCCCAUGGCUCGCCCAACGCGUGUGCAGCUUGUUUCUCAUCUCUCCAAGCUGCGGGCUCGUCCGCUGCUGUCCUUGGCCCUGUCAAGGCCUCCAAACUUUUCCAGCUCAGGCCCAAAUCUCCUCAAGUGAUGCCUAUUGAAGAAUUCCAAGACUGCGAGUGCUACGGCCACUCCAAUCGCUGCAGCUACAUCGACUUCCUGAACGUGGUGACCUGUGUCAGCUGCAAGCACAACACCCGAGGCCAGCACUGCCAGCACUGCCGCCUGGGCUACUACCGCAACGGCUCGGCCGAGCUGGACGACGAGAACGUAUGCAUUGAGUGUAACUGCAACCAGAUCGGCUCCGUGCACGACCGGUGCAACGAGACCGGCUUCUGCGAGUGCCGCGAGGGCGCGGCGGGGCCCAAGUGCGACGACUGCCUCCCCACGCACUACUGGCGCCAGGGCUGCUACCCCAACGUGUGCGACGACGACCAGCUGCUGUGCCAGAACGGCGGCACCUGCGUGCAGAACCAGCGCUGCACCUGCCCGCGCGGCUACACCGGCGUGCGCUGCGAGCAGCCCCGCUGCGACCCCGCCGACGACGACAGCGGCCUGGACUGCGACCGCGCGCCCGGGGCCCCGCGCCCCGCCACCCUGCUCGGCUGCCUGCUGCUGCUGGGGCUGGCGGCCCGCCUGGACUGCUGAGCCCGCCGGAGGACCCCCGGCCGGGUGGGCUGGUCCACGAGCACCGCCGCGCCCUGCGCCCUGCGCCCGGGGAGCUGGGGGCCCCGG